AAAGAUUCAAAAGGCAAAAACAGUUUGAAUUUGUUAGAGAUAGAUUUCAAUUUCUUCUCGUUUUCGGAAAUCCAGACUUUGAUUAGUUCGUGUACAUAUAUCUAAUUACGAUGUACAAUAAUCAAGGGAGAGGGAGGUAUUUGCCGGGGAUCGGCAACGGCCGCGGCGGCGGCGGCGGCGGAGGAGGAGGAGGUUUUAACCAGAAUUAUCAGAACCGGAACCCGCAGUACCAACAGCCGCAGCCGCGGCAGCAGCCGCAGCCACCGUACCCGCAGAGAGCCGCACAGAAUCAGCCGCAGCAGUGGAUGAGGCGAAACCCUAGCGCCUCCGCCGUUUCUGAUUCUUAUAACGAAGUUGAAAAAACAGUGCAGUCUGAAGCCAUCGGUUCCACGUCUGAAGACUGGAAGGCUGGUUUGAGGAUUCCGCCUGCAGACAACCGGUUCAGGACUGAGGAUGUCACUGCGACAAAAGGAAAUGAAUUUGAAGAUUACUUCCUGAAACGCGAGUUAUUGAUGGGAAUAUAUGAAAAGGGAUUUGAAAGGCCUUCUCCCAUCCAGGAAGAAAGUAUUCCCAUUGCUCUGACCGGAAGUGAUAUUCUUGCCAGAGCUAAAAAUGGUACUGGAAAAACCGCUGCCUUCUGCAUUCCGGCACUGGAAAAAAUUGAUUCAGAUAACAAUGUCAUUCAAGUUGUUAUACUAGUCCCGACAAGAGAAUUAGCGCUUCAGACAUCCCAAGUCUGCAAGGAACUAGGAAAACACUUAAAAAUUCAGGUAAUGGUUACCACUGGAGGAACCAGUCUCAAGGAUGACAUAAUGAGGUUGUAUCAACCUGUCCACUUACUGGUUGCAACUCCUGGACGAGUACUUGAUCUCACCAAAAAAGGGAUUUGCAAUUUGAAGCAUUGUUCAGUUCUCGUUAUGGAUGAGGCCGAUAAGCUAUUAUCUCCUGAAUUUCAACCUUCUGUGAAUGAGCUGAUUUCCUUUCUUCCUCCCAAUCGGCAAAUUCUGAUGUAUUCAGCUACAUUUCCAGUGACUGUGAAAGAAUUUAAAGAUAGACAUUUGAGAAGGCCUUAUGUCAUUAAUCUCAUGGAUGAACUCACUCUAAAAGGUGUCACCCAGUAUUAUGCUUUUGUAGAAGAAAGACAGAAAGUUCACUGCCUCAACACACUCUUCUCGAAGCUGCAAAUUAACCAGUCAAUAAUCUUUUGCAAUUCUGUCAAUCGAGUGGAGCUGCUGGCCAAGAAAAUCACAGAGCUGGGUUAUUCUUGCUUUUAUAUCCAUGCUAAGAUGCUGCAAGAUCAUCGUAACAGAGUAUUUCAUGACUUCCGAAAUGGUGCAUGCAGGAAUCUUGUUUGCACCGAUUUAUUUACGAGAGGCAUAGACAUCCAAGCUGUCAACGUUGUCAUAAAUUUCGAUUUUCCCAAAAAUGCCGAAACUUAUCUGCACAGGGUGGGCCGCUCAGGAAGGUUCGGGCAUCUCGGAUUGGCUGUGAAUUUGAUUACAUAUGAAGACCGUUUCAACUUGUACAGGAUUGAGCAGGAGCUCGGUGCGGAAAUAAAACAAAUACCACCUCUUAUAGAUCAAGCUAUUUACUGUUGUUGACAACUGACAAAAUUUGUUCGGCUGGGGGGUCCACGAACAAAUCGAGUAAUUGGGAGACGAGGUGCUGUAUUUUUUAUCGCAAGGCACGACUGACAAAACGAAUGACCGUGUGUUUUCUAUUUCUUCUUGAGUUAUUGUCUAAUGCAUCUAUAGCCUGUUAUAUUUUCUCUCACUAUUAUCGCUCGUUUUUUUUUCUUUUUUU